GGCGGCUACUCGCCCUCCUCGGCCCCCGGUAGCGGCCAGCGCCGGCGGGACACAGCCCGGGGACUGAGGGAAAUCCCGGGAAGAGGCCACGGGAAGCUCGGGAAAUCCCAAAGGGAUGGAGAACAAGGCCGUGGAUCUCCACACCUUCUCCGAGAGGGAGAACGGAUCCGUCCUGGAGGAGCCCUUCGAGGGACGGAGCCUUUCCAAGCUGAACCUCUGCGAGCACGAUCCCGGCCGCAGGACGAGGCCCUGGGGGUGCCGUGGCCGUGUGGGCUCCGUGGCGGCGCUGAAAUACUCCGUGGUGGGACUUUACCUGCUGGUGCUCCUCAUCCUGGUGGGAAUCUUCAUCCUGGCAGUGUCCCGGCCCCAGGUGUCCCCCGAGGAGCUGAAGGCGCUGAUGGGGAACGUCCAACGCCUCAACGAGACCUUCCGGGACCUUCAGCUGCAGCUGCUGCCGCGCCCCCCGCCCCAGGGCGACCUCCUGGAGCACGUCUGGAGGCUGCAGGACCUCCUGCAGAACCACUCGGACUCGCUGCUGCUGCUCUCGGGCUCACUGCAGAGGCUGCAGGUGCUGCUGCGGGCGCUGCAGAGCCAGGCCGGACAGACGGACAGCUCGCUGCAGAGGCUGCGGGACUCGCUGGGCCAGCAGAGCGACGCGGCGCAGCUGGAGCUGUCGCGGCUCUCGGUGGAGGCCAACAGCAGCCGGCUGCUCCUGGAGCACCACCAGCACCUCCUGGGACACCUGGGCGGGCGGCUGGAGGCGCUGGGCGAGCAGGCGGCGGCGCUGGGCGCGGCGGUGGAGUCCAUGAACCGCAGCUUCUCCUACGAGCUGCGCCUGCAGCGCUCCCGGCUCCGGGACCUGCAGGGGCUCCUGGGCAACGCCAGCGCCGACGGGCGCAGGAUGAGGGCGGCGCACGGGGCCAUGGAGAGGCAGCUGAGGCUGGAGCUGGCCCUGCUCAACAACGUCACCGAGGAGCUGCGCAUGAAGGACUGGGAGCAUUCCGUGGCGCUGAGGAACAUCUCCGUCAUCCGGGGGCCGCCGGGACCCAAAGGAGACCGAGGCACGGAGGGGAUGGAGGGGGAACCCGGCCUGCCCGGCCUCCCCGGGCCCCGAGGCCUUCCCGGGGAGCGGGGACUGCCCGGCCCGCGCGGACUGAAGGGGGACCCGGGAGAGCUGGGCCCGCGCGGCCCCGCGGGAAUGCGGGGGCUCAAAGGCGAGCGCGGCCCCAAGGGGGACAAGGGGGACCGGGGGGACCGAGGAGCGGCCGCUGGCACCGUUCCCUCGGAGGGCUCGGUGCGCCUGGUGAACGGCUCCGGGGCCCACGAGGGGCGCCUGGAGAUUUUCCACGAGCGGCGCUGGGGCUCCGUGUGCGACGACGGCUGGGACGGGCGGGACGGGGACGUGGCGUGCCGCAUGCUCGGCUACCCCGGCGCCGCCGACGUCUUCCGCAUGGCGCGCUUCGGACAAGGCACGGGGAAGAUCUGGAUGGACGACGUGUCCUGCACGGGCACCGAGGAGUCCCUGGAGCUCUGCAGCUUCUCGGGGUGGGGCCGCACCAACUGCGGCCACGCCGAGGACGCCGGAGUGCGCUGCCGGACAGACUGACAGCGACCGGACAGACUGACACCAACCGGACAGACUGACACCAGCCAGACAGACUGACACCAACCAACCGGACAGACUGACAGCGACUGGACAGACUGACACUGACCGGACAGACUGACACCAGCCAGACAGACUGACACCGACCGGACAGACUGACACCGACCAACUGGACAGACUGACACCGACCAACCGGACAGACUGACACCAGCUGGACAGACUGACAGCAACCGGACAGACUGACACCGGCCGGACAGACUGACAGCGACCAGACAGACUGACACCAACCAACCGGACAGACUGACACCAACAGGACAGACUGACACCAGCAGGACAGACUGACACCAACCGGACAGACUGACACCGACCGGACAGACUGACACACCGGACAGACUGACACUGAACAGACAGACUGACACAAGCUGGACAGACUGACACCAACUGCACAGACUGACACCGACCGGACAGACUGACACCAAAUCCACCCCAUCCCAUAGGGACUGACCCCAAAACCCACCCCAAAAGGGAAUGACCCCAAAUCCAUCCCAAAGGGAAACCCCAAAGACGUCCCAAGGGAAUGACCCCAAAUCUGUCCCAUAAGGGAAUGACCCCAAAUCCAUCCCAAAGGGCCAGGGAAUGACCCCAAACUCGCCCCAAAAGGAGAAACCCCAAACCUAUCCUGAAGGGAAAAUCCCAAACCCGCCCCAAGGGACUGACCCCAAAUCCAUCCCAUAACGGAAUGACCCCAAACCCGCCCCAAAAGGGACUGACCCCAAAUCCAUCCCAUAACGGAAUGACCCCAAACCCACCCCAAAAGGGAAUGACCCCAAAAUCCAUCCCAAAAGGGUCUGACCCCAAACCCACCACAAGGGACUGUUCUAUAACCCACCCCAAAGGGCCUGACCCCAAAUCCAUCCCAAAAGGGCCAGGAACUGACCCCAAAUCCAUCCCCUAAUGGACUGACCCCAAACCUGCCCCGAAGGACUGACCCCAAACCUGCCCCAAACGGGAAAUCCCAAACACAACCCAGAGGGGCUGACCCCAAACCCACCCCAGAGGAGCUCACCCCAAGGGACUGACCCUAAAUCCAUCCCAAAAGGGCCAGGAACUGACCCCAAAUCCACCCCCUAAUGGACUGACCCCAAACCUGCCCCAAACAGGAAAUCCCAAAUCCAUCCCGGAGGGGAAAUCCCAAACACAUCCCAAAAAGAGAAAAUCCCAAAUCCAUACCAAAGAGACUGGGCAGAAAUCCCAAAUCCAUCCCAAAAGAGAAAAUCCCAAAUCCACACCAAAGAGACUGGGGAGAAAUCCCAAACCCAUCCCAAAGGGGAAAACCCCAAAUCCAUCCCGAAGGGGCCAGGGGUGAUCCCAAAAAGGACGACCCCAAAUCCAUCCCAAAUCCGCAUCCCAGCCCGGAUCCCAGGAACGGGAUCGUUCCCAGAGAAAUAAAGGAUUUGGUUUUCUCCCGGUGGGGUUAUGGGA